GUAUUAUUGAACAGUCCGGCGACGGUCACACUACAAGCCAAUUUGGAAAAUCUAAGCGAAAAUUUUAGAAAAAAUAGUGUUUGUGUAUUGAAAAGCCUCAGAAUUGGUGUGAAAAUGACGUCGCUGGACCCGGCGCCGAACAAAACGUGGGAGCUGUCGCUGUACGAGCUGCAGCGCAAGCCGCAGGAGGUGAUCACAGACAGCACGGAGAUUGCGGUGUCUCCGCGGAGUCUCCACAGCGAACUGAUGUGUCCCAUUUGCCUGGACAUGUUGAAGAAAACGAUGACCACGAAGGAGUGCCUGCAUCGCUUCUGCUCCGACUGCAUUGUUACCGCAUUGCGGUCUGGAAACAAGGAGUGCCCCACAUGCCGAAAGAAGCUGGUCUCCAAGCGCUCCCUGCGCGCUGAUCCCAACUUUGACCUGCUCAUCUCAAAGAUCUAUCCAAGUCGCGAGGAGUAUGAAGCCAUCCAGGAGAAGGUGAUGGCCAAGUUCAACCAGACGCAGUCGCAACAAGCGCUGGUUAACUCCAUCAACGAGGGCAUCAAGCUGCAGUCCCAGAACCGGCCACAAAGAUUCCGCACAAAGGGUGGCGGCGGCGGCGGUGGAGGUGGCAAUGGUAAUGUUGCUAACACUGGUGGUAGUGUGGCGGCUCCUCCUGCUCCUGGUGCGCCCGCUGCUGUGGCCCGGAAUGCUUCAAACCAACUGCAUGUCCACGACACAGCCUCUAAUGAUAGCAACAGCAAUACCAACAGCAUCGACCGCGAAAACCGCGAUCCCGGACACUCGGGAACCUCUGCGGCCUCGGCUGUUACGAGUGCCUCAAAUGCAGCGCCCUCCUCGUCGGCCAACUCGGGUGCCAGCACUUCCGCCACCCGGAUGCAGGUGGACGACGCCUCCAAUCCGCCCUCGAUGAGGAGCACACCCUCACCGGUGCCGUCCAACUCGAGCAGCACCAAGCCAAAGCGCGCCAUGUCCGUGCUGACCUCGGAGCGGUCCGAGGAGUCCGAGUCCGACUCGCAGAUGGACUGCCGCACUGAGGGCGACUCCAACAUCGACACCGAGGGCGAGGGUAAUGGCGAGCUUGGCAUCAAUGAUGAAAUUGAGUUGGUGUUCAAGCCACAUCCAACUGAGAUGUCCGCGGAUAACCAAUUAAUAAGGGCGCUUAAGGAGAACUGUGUGCGCUACAUCAAAACCACGGCCAAUGCGACAGUCGAUCAUUUGAGCAAGUAUUUGGCCAUGCGGCUGACCCUCGACUUGGGCGCUGAUUUGCCGGAGGCGUGUCGCCUGCUCAACUUCUGCAUCUAUGUCGCUCCCCAGCCCCAGCAACUGGUCAUCCUAAAUGGCAACCAGACAUUGCAUCAGGUCAACGAUAAAUUCUGGAAGGUGAACAAGCCAAUGGAAAUGUAUUACUCGUGGAAGAAAACCUAAGCGAAGCGAAUGAUUUUUAAUUUUAAGCCGUUUAUUUCCAAACUGGAAAUAUAUUUCUAGAUGUAGAGCUUAACAAGUAUAUAAAACAUCCAUAAUAAACGAAAAUAAACUUGAUUCUAAGUAAAACUAAAA